AUGAGAAAGAGGUGCAGAAGUUCAGGGAAAGUGCUUCCGCAGGAGAAUAGCACAGAGGUAACCGAUUUCAUCCUGCUCGGACUCACAGAUGACCCACAGCUGCAGGUUCCUCUCUUUGUAAUCUUCACCUUCAUUUACCUCCUCACUCUGAUUGGGAACCUGGGGAUGACCACGUUGAUCCUGCUGGACUCUCGUCUCCACACGCCUAUGUACUUUUUCCUCUGUAACCUGUCUCUGGUGGACUUUUGUUACUCCUCCACCAUCACUCCAAAGGUGAUGGCUGGGCUCCUGAAAGCAGACAAAGUCAUCUCCUACCAUGCAUGUGCGGCUCAGAUGUUCUUUUUCAUAGUCUUUGCCACUGCGGAAAGUUAUCUGUUGGCCUCAAUGGCUUAUGACCGAUACGCAGCAGUGUGCAAGCCCCUGCAUUACACCACCUCCAUGACCACAAACAGGUGUGCUUGUCUUGUCGUAGGCUCUUAUGCAUGUGGUGUUCUGAAUGCUUCUGUCAACACUGGAGACACGUUCAGUCUCUCUUUCUGUGGGUCCAAUGUGAUCCAUCACUUUUUCUGUGAUGUUCCAGCAGUCAUGACCCUCUCUUGCUCUGAGAAACGCAUCAGUGAAAUGAUUCUUGUUCUUGUCUCAAGCUUCAAUGUCUUGCUUGCACUUUCUGUAAUCUUGAUUUCCUACCUGUUCAUAUGUAUGACAGUUUUGAGGGUGCACUCACAAGAGGGGUACCAGAAGGCUUUGUCUACCUGCGCUUCUCACCUCACUACUGUUUCCAUAUUUUAUGGGACCGUCAUCUUCAUGUACGUACAGCCCAGCUCCAGCCACUCCAUGGACACAGACAAAAUCACAUCUGUGUUCUAUACGAUGCUCAUCCCCAUGCUGAACCCGGUGGUCUAUAGCCUACGGAACAGAGAAGUCAAGAGUGCAUUCAACAAAGCUGCUGAGAAGAUUCGGGCUCCAUGGCUGUCUGCACACACCACACUUCAGUCGCCAGGACCCCUGGCAGUGAAGGCUAGCCCGCACCCGGGACGGCAGGAUGUGAGCUCCGCACCCCAGACCCCAAGUACCCAGCCACUCGGGGAGCGCCCACAGCAAAAGCGCUCAGAACCGCCAUUGCACCGGGAACGUCCCCACUCAUACAGAGCUCUGGACACAGCCCUGAACGAGCGGACCUCAAGUGUUCUCAGGCAGAGAAACCAAUGGACAAAACUCCUGGUACAGAGCUGGUCUAUGUGCAAAGCCAGCCAGGAAGAGAAGGGGCAGAGAGAACCAACGCCGAACACAGUCCGUGUACUGGUGCGGGGUCAGCAGGGCUCCGUGUGUCCUUUAGCCUCAGCUUUUCACAUCGGUGAGAUGAACAACCUCACGCAACCCACAGUCUGGUUCAGCUUCUCACCCAUGAGCUCCUUCCCGCCACAAGAAGCUGCCACAUGA